AUGGGGGGUGACGAGACCUGCGAAGCCAAUGACUCGUCAGGAGGCCGCAAGAGGAAUGAUGACGAGAUGAAGAGCGACGAUGAAUCCGAGUCACCGCCUUGUACCACCGACCUCGGAUUACCUGGAGCGCUUUCACCUUUCAAAAUGUCCGACCUCUGCAUGUUUCUGCUGCUCAACUUUACCCCUCCUGAGUCGCAUUACGUGGUUCAGUUUCUCAUGCAGCUCAUCCCGCUGCUCCUCCCAAUCGUUCACCACCUCCUCGCACUCCUUGGUCAGUCCUGUGAGUCCGUGGCAGAGGCGUUCAAAGGAGUGCUGGAGGGUAUGGGCCGGUGGGGGGAGGAGGCGGACAAAGCUUUCGCAGGCAGUGUAGAGGCGAUGAAGACGUGGUGGAAUGGGGCUGACGAGGCGAUGAAGGCAUGGGGAGAGAAUGUGGGCAAGGCUGUUAAGGCGUGGGGGGAGAGUUCUGGGCAGGCGGUACAGGAGCAUAUGGAAGGGAUGAGUAAGUGGGGUGAGAAGAAUGCAGAGGCGGUCAAAGGGAUGGGGGAGGAGAUGAAUCGAUGGGGGGAAGGUAAGGCGGAAGAGGUUAGGACGAGUAUGGAAGGAGUGGGAGAGUGGGGAGGGAGGGUAGCGGAGGGGAUGGGGAAAGGGAUGGAUAAGUUCGGAAAAGAUGCAAAUGAGGCGGUUGAAGGGGUGGGGGAGUGGGGAGGGAGAGUGGCCAACGGGAUGGGAGAAGGGCUACGCUAUGGCGCAGCGACGCACGGCGCGGCUGGCCUGGCCGGCCUGGCGAGUAAGGAGCGGCGCCGUAGCUAA